CCCCCCCCCGCCACCCACCUCGCUUGUUCACCUCUUCCACCUGUUGUUCAUUCUUGGUGGAGCAGCAGACAACAGCGACAAACCACGCCACAACCAUGGCGACAAUGGCGCAAUGGUGGACGGUAACAGCAGCAGUAUGCCUGGUGCUAGCCGCAACAUUGCUGCCGGAGCGCGCCGAAGCAGCUUGUUCCACAACGCUCCCGGCAAACGCAGACUUUCUCUGCCUUCAGCCAACAGCGUUGACGGGACUGAAUCCGACGUGUUCGAAUGGCGGGACAUUGUCGGUGUCAACGUAUUGCCAGUUUGAGAACGACCCCAGCCGUUGGGCGGCCUCGGACUGUGAGUGCGAAUGCCCAACGCAAUGGAGCGGCCCAACAUGCACCGAACCUGGUGCCAUCUGCGAGGGCAACUACACCUGCCUUCGCGGCACCUGCGAAUCGUACCGCAAGUGCUCCUGUCCACCAGAGUGGACGGGCGACCAGUGUCAGCUCCCGGUGUGUGGUCCUGGCUGUGAUCCGGUUGGCGGAUACUGCAACACGCCUGGAGAGUGCAGCUGCAAAGAGCACCACACGGGCCAGUUCUGCGACGUGUGCGAGGACGGCUACUACCGCUCCGACGACACAGGCCUCUGCAUCCCGAAACAAACGCAGGGAUACUGCGACCGCAAAGAUGCGGCUGCGACGUACGUGCCGGUCACGGGCGUGUGCGACUGCUCGCCGUUCGAGUGGUAUGGCGACCGCUGCGACAUUGAGUGCCAGAAGUGCCCUGAUGGCGAGCGGCAGGUUGGCGGCUGCAUCGGCAACGAACCUGUGGAAUGCGGAGGUUGCAGCCCGUGCGAGGAUGGGUUCUCAUAUCGCGUGAGCGGCUGUGAUGGCAGCACCAUUGACAGCAUCUGCGAGCCGUGCAACCAGUGUUCCCCAGGCACCUUUGCCAACGGUGGCUGCAUCAACGGCGAAGACACCCUCUGCGUCGAGUGCACGGAGUGUGCUGAGGGCACGUUCCUGUCUGCCGGCUGCGACGGCAUUGAGGAUUCCGUCUGCGGAGAAUGCAGCACAGAGUGUCCAGACGGCAUGUUCCCCGUUGCCCCAUGUACCCCUCAACACGACCUUCGAUGUGCAGACUGCCUGCCUUGCCCUGAGGGCACGGUUACGGCACGGUUCUGCAACAGCACGCACGAGAGCGUCUGCCUCGGCACGGUUGAGAUUCCCGCGCUGCCUGCAGUGUACGUGCAGCAAGAGACGCGACUGCUACAUCUUCGCCUGGGAAAGCGCUCGCCGGCGCCGUUCACCAUCCGCAUGUCCGGUGUUGGACUGCAGGUCCUCCAGUCCGACCGCACAAACUUCAACGGGGAGAGCAACUUUGGAGACACGAUGCAGACAUUUGACCUGCAGAUUGAUGCCAACGCCGAGUCUGUGCCCUUCACCAUCACGCCGCACGCCACAGGCCAGCAGCCCGUGCAGUUUUCGUACCCGGACAAUGUUGGUGCCACAAACUACGUCGACAUCACCGAGGAGACGAGGAACUUGUUUGGCCUCAUUCAGAUCGAUGAGGGAUCGAGCGUGUUUGACGACUUUGGUGUUGAGGAAGGCGAAGUCCCAACAGGCACCCACACCCUCCCCGUCACCAUUCUGUCUGACCAGGUUGAGUUCCUUGCUGUGGAUCCGUGGCAGUCCAUGGGCGGCAACACGCACCAGGCGUGCUCCUUUGUCAGCCUGCGUCUGACCUCCUCUGUGACGCUGCCAAUCUCCGUGCGCGGUCUGCGCGUCACCACGUCGCCGUUCAGCAUUGUUGUGCCCGACGAGAGCGUGUGCGCUGACGGCUCGCUGUCUGUGGAGCAGCUGCAGCAGCUGUCCACGACGUCGUCGCUGCCGCAGACGUUUAUGAGCGCCAUUGAGCCGUCCCUCCCGUCCUGGCUGCGCAUUGCAGUGGACAGGGACUUUUCUGCAGACGUCACGGUGGAGAGCGAUUUCUUUGUCAAGCUCAUUCCAGGCCCCGAGGUCACCUCCAUCCCCAACUGCAACAACCUGCCCGUGUUUUCCAACAGCUACUACGCGGUGGUGCUGUGGUCCAAGGCGUCUGUGAUCCUCGUGGACGGCAGCUCGCAGAGCGUCCCUGCUCAGGGCCAGGCGUUCUGCAUUGCCGUCGAUGUGGCCGCAUACCCGGGCGACGUUGUGUUUAUGCGGGUGCCCAAGGCGGCGUGGUCGCUGCUCAACGCGUUGCCCUUCAAGCAGCGGCUGGACAGCAGCGGGUGGAUUAUUGGCGACACCAGCGUCGGCUUCUCCAGAAACUCGCACCUCCAGGGCGCGCCGACCAUCGAGUUCUUUGAUGGCGAACACAUCUUCAAAUACAACACCGGUGGUCUCGACUUCUGGCUUGACACGUCUCUGAGCAAGACACUGCUUGAGCUUGGCAGCACGAGCACGCUUGGCCUCAAGGUUGAGCUCUCUGUGGACGGCGUUGCUGGUCUCUCCUCAGACAACACCUUCACGAACAUGAACCAGAUCACGGCUGGGGCGUGGGAAGGGUACAUUGAGGGCGAGGUGAACCUGGACAUCAAGUUCAGCAUCCUCAAGAAGACGGCCCAGUGGAACUUCAAAGCGCGCGGUGCUGUCGUUGGCUCCUUCGAUGGCGACUCAGGCACGGAGCCUGCGCCUCGGGACAACUGCGGGCCUCUUGCCAAUCCAAAGGGCAUUUUUGUCACUGUGACCCUGAGCAUGCGCUCUUCUGGUUUUGGCAACAAGAUUCUCGACUCUGCCCUUGGCGACUUCCUUGGCUUUGGUGCCGAGGAGGAGUUCAGCCUCAAGUACUUUAUCCUGUACAAGAGCAGCUACGUGAAUGGCGUCUGGCAGGAGGGCAUGGCAGGCUGGGGCUUCCGCUUCGACAUUGGCAAGAUCUGCUACUUCCCUGGCAUCUGCGCGCGCACCCUGGUUGAUCUCCAGUACUCGGACAGCGAUGUGCUUGCCCCGUGCGACGUGUUCAGCGACCUGUACCGCCAGUUGCCUGCAGGCAAGGUUGUGUCCAUUCGUGGCACGGUGGUGCGGCCACAGAUUGCGGGACUGUUCCGCCUGCCCGGCGACGCGUCCGUGCGCCUUGUGCUGUCGACCACCGAGUUUGCGUACCUGUCGCAGACGAAAUGCACAGCAACGCUGUUUGGCGUGUCCGUGGAAACCAACUUUGCCACCGGCAACUACCCGCAGCUCUUCUUCCGCACCAACUACCAAGCAAAGGUGUUUAAUCUCGUUGAUGCUGAGCUGGAUGUGUCAGCGAUCCUUCCCGCCUUCGACAGUCGCACUCUCAUUGACUGGAACUCCAUGGCGCUAAGCGUUCGUGGCACGUUCGUCGGUGAUUUUGUGGAAGCAAUCAUGACUGCUGUUGAGCGGGUGCUGCGUGACUGGAUCAACAAGGCCGUGGAGCGCUUUGAAUCGGUUAAGGCGGUAUUUGAAUCACUGAAGCAGAAGCUGCUGCAGUUUGAGGGUGUCAUUGUGCGCCUUCAGAGCGGACUUGCAAGAGCCCGGCAACUCGUUGAUGGCGCGAAACAGACUGUCCAAUCCUGGCAAGAUGCGGUGGACAAGGCCAGGGAACCGCUGCAGGAAGCUCGUGAGCGUGCUGCGUAUUUGCGUCAUCGCAUCGCAAGCAUCUGCACAAUCCGGGCAUGUCCGGACAUCUGCAUCCCUGGUUGCGAAUUCAGGCGCCGGCGCCGUCGCGUGGCGAUGGAUUCACUCGAGCUGGAAGAGGAGAUCCGCCACCCAACGCGCAGCAAGCAGCUGCUGGCAAACCACAAGCAGGGCCACGCGUUGCUCGUCCGUCAGCGUCGCUGGGGCUCCAUUCGCAUCCCAAAGCUCGUCUGCUCAUCCUGCCUCUGGCGCAUCCCGAAUGUGCCGUGCCUCAUCGCCAACGCCAUCUGCCGAGUCCUCAAGGCAACGCUGCUGUUCUUACUCAAAGUCAUCGACGCUCUCAUCUCUGCUCUGCUUCUGGCUCUGGAGAUGGUCGAGAAGGCGUUGGAUGCCGCCCUUGUCUUCCUGGACUCGGCCAGCUUCCUGUUCGACCUUGCUGCCCAAAUCCUGGACAAGGCACGCUCUGUGUUCCGACUAAUAGAAGUCGCCAUCGACGCCGCAAAGGUUGCCGUGGACGUUGUCAAGGAAGCAGUGAGAGGCGCGCUGGAGCUGGGAGUCGCACUUGCCUCUGCCAGUAUCUCGGAUGUUAUCGGCAUUCCGAACAUGGGCUUCGAGCUUGUGGUCAAGGGCUUCACUCCACGCGAGUUCAGCGCCAGUAUGGACAUUGUGCUGUUCAAGUCAACAUCAAUUCGCCUCAACGUGUUUAUCAACUUCGCCGACAUCUUCAGAUCGAUUGCGCGCGUUGCGAGCGACCUGUUUGACCGGUUCUUCAGCAGCUUCUUCCGCCGGCGGCGGUAUGCGCGCGGGCUCGGGGUGGACGUUGUCACCGUGGCCCACAUUGCGCAGCACCACCUUGGCCUCGACCUGCACCACGUGUUCUACCAGGAGGGCAAGAGCGCGGGCCACCGCGACCACUAUGCAAUUGACAUGGAGCACGCGCUGUCGGAGCUGGAGCGGCACCGGCGCGAGACGGGCGACAACAGCACGAUGGGCGAUGGUGGCGAUGGCGGCGGCAGCGUCAACGGCACCGCGGGCGUCAACAUCACGCAGGAGGCGGCCAUCGAGCGGGUGGACCCGGCCAUGCUGUACCAGCACAAGUGCAACGUGUUCAUGGACGCGCUGGACUUUUUGCUGACGUUUACGGACGAGGUUGAGGACCGGUACAUGGAGGCGGAGCGGUUCAAGCGCAUGACCAACGAGUCUGAGACGCAGCUGAUGGAGGCGCGGGACCCGCAGAAGAACAUCCCGGAGGUGAACAGGACGGCGUUUGCAGACGACCCGGCAGUGAACGGGCUCGUGCUCGGCUACGUGGACUCUGUGGACAUGAGCGCGCUGGCGGCAAACGCAACGGACGACGAGUCUGUGCAGUCCGGCAUGCAGUCGGAGGAGGACGCGAUGGAGAACUGGAAGCAGGAGCAAAACGCCACGGAAGCCGGCGACUACUCCGACAUGCUCAACGCGCUGCAGGCCACGCUCAACGGCACGGGCCAGCUUGACGAGUUUGGGUGCGGGGAUGUCCCUGAUUGCAUCAUUGCGUCGAUGGACCACCUGACGGACCUGUGGAACGACGUGUCGCUGCCGGAGUUUGCGGAGCUGAGCGGGCAGAUUGAGCGCAUGAGCAACUACAGCAAGCAGCUUGCGUCCGGCAACCUGACGCUGUCCGAGGCGUACCAGCAGGUGACGGAGAUUGUGGACUGGGUAAAUGCCACCAUGAUGAUGGACGUGUGGUGCGGCGAGGUGCCUGUGAUUACGGAGCAUCCGCUGCCGCUGGCGACGACGUUCCCCGGGCGGUCGCUGGAGCUGCGGUGUGCGGCGACGGGCGUGCCUGAGCCGAGCGUGUACUGGUACCGGGAGACGAUGCAGGACGAUGACGAGCUGGUGGGCGAGGGCGCGCGGCUGCAGCUCACGGACAUUGAGCCCGCUGACGACGGCUCGUACUACUGCGUUGCGCAGAACCACAUGCACAACGCGACGUCCAACUCGAGCCAGGUGCUGGUUGUUGCUGGGGCGAGCUCCGAGCUGAUCCUGCGGUACACGUUUGCCAGCGAGAACUACACGCAGGAGGUGGUUGAGACCAACGCGACGGCGAGCUUCCGGAUUGCGGCGCUGGUUGAGAUCAGCACGCGGCUCGGGGUGGAGGAGGACCGCCUGACGCAGUUUGAGGUUCUGGAGAGCGGAGAGGUGUCGCACAGCAUCGGCGACCCUGCGGAGGAAGGCGACGUGUCGACAGACGCCCUGGUGAAGCGGCUGACGCAGCUUGUGCGGUUUGGCAACAUGUUUGUGCGGUUUGGCGGGGUGCGGCUGUAUGCGGACGCGCAGUCGAUGCGCCGGGACUACUGCCGCACGGCGUGCCAGGUGAUCACGGAGAAUUCCAUCUACGGGGAGCCGUGCGUGCUGCCGAAGCUCAGGUGCCCGUACGGCCCGGGCAGCUGUCGCUACUCGUGCGAGGGCGACUACAUCUUCCAGUCUGGCGCCGCGGCCACGUGUCGGCGCAGCCACGAGUUUUCGGGCUUCAACGGGGUGCCGUACUGCCGGCGCCUCAACGACCCGCCGUUUGAUGUCCGCUUCACGGGCAACGCCAGCUUCCCGGAGACCACGCCGCCCAACACCGUGCUCGGGCAGGUGCGCGCGCGGGACACGGACCCGACGCAGACGGUGACGCUGUCGCUGGUGGGUGGGGGCGAGUAUGUUGAGCUUGAUGGCGCGAGCGGGGAGCUGGUGCUGAAGAGGGCGGUUGAUCACGAGGCGAUGCCUGCCAUCACGGUGACGGUGCGGGCAACGGACGACUACGUGCCGCCCUACUACACGGACGCGACGUUUGUGCUGCUGGUGGCGGACGUGAACGAGGCGCCGACGGCGAUUGGCGUGACGGGCUCGCUGUCUGUGUCUGAGGGCACGGGGUACGGCGCGCAGUUUGCGCGGCUGUCGACGAGCGACCCGGACGCGGGCCAGUCGUUCACGUACACGCUGUCGGACGACUUUGGCGGGCGGCUGGCGGUGCUGGGGAGCCUGCUUGUUUCCGGCUCGACGCCAAUUGACUUUGAGGAGACGCCUGGGUUCAAUGUGACGGUGACGUCGACAGACAGCGGCGUGCCGCCCUUGUCCGUGCAGCGCAGGCUUGAGCUGCAUGUGACGGACGUGAACGAGAGGCCGAGCGCGAGCUUCGAGUGCGAGGCUGCCGUGUGUGGCGGGCUUGUGGAAGGGCUGGCUGCGGGCACGCAGGUGGGUGUGGUGCGUGUUGAGGACGAGGACCGCGGGCAGACGCACCGCGUUGUUGUGCGGGACGACCGGAGCGACGGCGCGAUUGCGUUUGAGGGUCUGCGGGCGGUGCUGGCCAAGAACAUCAGCGAUGCGCUGCCGGCCACGCUCCGGGUGACGUUUGUGGUGAAGGACGACGGGUCGCCGUCAAAGACGUCUGAAGAGGUGAGCAUUGAGCUGACGAACCUGGCGCUCACGACAACCACAACCACAACAACCACAACCACGACAACCACAACCACGACCACAACAACAACCACGACCACGACCACAACAAGCGGAAACAACACGGUGGCUGCAACGACGACGACGACCACCAGCACGACAACGACGACCACGACGACCACGACAACAACGACAACAACGACAACGACGACUACGACCACAACCACUACCACGCCUGGAACAACCACGACAACCACGACGACAACAACCACCACGACGACGACGGCGAACAUUGCGCCUGCGAUUGAUUCGCUGCGUCCUGUUGUUGGCGAGAACGAGCCUGUAGGCACGGAGGUGGCGCAGGUGAAGCUGUCUGCGGCCACAGAGCAAUCGCACGAGCAGUACACCUUCUCCAUCAUCGACGACGCAGGGGGUCGGUUUGCGCUUGCAAAUGGGGACCGGAUUGUGACGGCGCAGGUGCUCAACUUUGAGGAGUCGUCGAGCUACACGGUGAAGAUUCGCGUGGAGGACAACGGAACGCCACCGCUCUCCUCAGAGCGGGAAGUGGUCAUUCGCGUCCUCGACAGCAACGACCCGCCCUCGCUGCAGCUUCUCGCCACGCCAGCAACAGCAGCAUCUACGAUUGGCUCCGGGUCUGCCAAGGGGACCGCCCUGUACGACAUUCAGAUUUCAGACGAGGACCUGGCACAGACACACGAAGUGAUGUUUAUGGGACCUCAUCAUGACCUGGUUGAGGAGCGGUUUGGGCAGGUUGUGUUGACGGAAGCGAUCUUCCGGGGUGAGAACCUCACCGCGCUUGACUUUACCGUGCGUGUGCGAGACACAUCUGGCGCCACGGCAGACGUUGCUGUUCACCUUCCCAUCGUGUACCUCGGCACGACACUUGAACCAACAACGACGACGGAGGCACAACCGGAGCUGCGGUCGUCUGCGCAGUCGCUUGGCGCCGGCGCCAUCACCGGCAUUGUCCUUGGUGUCGGCGUUCCACUCAUGGUGCUGCUGCUCUGCUUCGUGUGCAUGCGGCGGCGGACACAGCGGAGACAGCUUGAGCAUGACCUGACGCUGAAGAAGACGGCCAAGUCUCCGUUUGGGUUCCAGCACUCGCGGUGGUAUUCGAUGGAGCAGCUCAACGCAACGAGCACGACGGACGACGACGACACAUACUUUGAUCAACCAAUGUCAUCUCCAGCGCGUGAGCGCGUGGUGAUUGAGGAGGACGACGUGGACAACCUCGAACGCGGUGCUGGGAUUGGCGACUUGGACUAUGAUGACGACGAAGACCUCACGCGAUUGAACGACGCUGUUGGAGAUGAGCUCAUGUUUAUUGACGAUGGCGAUGACGAUGGCGAUGGUAUUAGGACUGCGUUUGAAGGGUCAGUCAGCGCAGAUGACGCUGCCUUCCUGCAGAGUCUCAGCCAGCAGUGAGAAUCUGUACCUGCGUGUGGUAUGCGGGUGGUGUGGUGAUGCGAGACUGCGUGUGAUGGCGAUGCUUGGAAUGGGUGUUAUGUGGGGAGUGAGAAACGGGCUGUGCUGAAAAGGUCUGCCGGUCAGCUGAGCUACAGCACUGCCUUGCUGGCUGAUGAGGGGAGGAGGAAGAGAGAAAAAGAGAAGGAUGACGCGCAAGAAAGAGGGGAGGAAGAAGGAGAGCACGAGGAGGAGGACGCCAACAACAGCAGUAGCAGCAUUAUCGAGUGACUUGGCAUGGCUCAAGCCAACUGUGAUGGGACUUGACUUGGAUGGUUGCUUUCCGCUUUCGUUUGACUGUCCCCUGUUAAUCGUCGUGUGUAACCUGCACCCCUGUAUGUGUGCAUAUAUUUGAACCUCUGUCGCGAGGUGCCUGCACGCCUGGUGCGUGGCGGUCUCUGGCAGAGGGAAUGCGUUGUGCUUUCUCAUGUCUGUACUUGGUUUGAUUACAGCAUCAACUGAGCGAA